CCCCUAUAUAGACCCGCUGGUGCCCGCUGCAGCCACUGACCCGCCAGCCGGCCAUGGGGAAGAUCACCUUCUACGAGGACCGCGGCUUCCAGGGCCGCCGCUACGAGUGCAGCGGCGACCAGCCCGACCUGCAGCCGCACCUGAGCCGCUGCGGCUCCGUGCGCGUGGACAGCGGCUGCUGGAUGCUCUAUGAGCGCCCCGACUUCCAGGGCGCCCAGCACUUGGUGCGGCGCGGGGACUACCCCGACCCCCAGCAGUGGCUGGGCCCCAGCGACGGGGUGCGCUCCUGCCGCCUCAUCCCGCAAUCGAGCUCCCACCGCCUGCGGCUGUAUGAGAGAGAGGACCACAAGGGCCACAUGAUGGAGCUGAGUGAGGACUGCCCCUGCCUCCAGGACCGCUUCCACCGGAGCGAGGUCCGCUCCCUCCAGGUGCUGGAGGGCUGCUGGGUCCUCUACGAGAUGCCCAGCUACCGGGGGCGGCAGUACCUGCUGCGGCCCCAGGAGUACCGGCACACCCACGACUGGGGGGCCACGGAUGCCAAGGCCGCCUCUCUGAGGAGGGCGGUGGAUUUAUACUGAAGUCGGUUCAUGCCACCAUUUUCUCACUUUGGAACCUAAUAAAGUACUUCGUCUGUAUUGUUGGCAAUGGCUGGCUUCUGUCUUUCCUUCGUUGUGUGCCAAUGAAUUCACUGGUCAAU